AUGAUUCCACCAACGCCACCCUUGGAUGCUUAUUUAUUCCAACCAAGCACUUCAUCCAAUGAACCUAUUCCAGUCCGACUCGAUGAAGCAACUUCUGCUGCGGAAGACUAUCAAAAAGGAUUAAAAGGUGAAGAACAAUGGGUGAGUGAGGUCCUUGAUUUUAGUAGUAGUUACAGUGGAGCAUUGACAGGCUCUUAUGGACCUAUUCAUGUCGUGGGUCCUUGUAGUGUCUUUCCACAGCUGCGAUCCAGUGGAACUUGUUGGUGUCCUCAAACAGCUAGUGGCUCACAAUUCAUUACUGUUGCUUUUGAACAACCAGUGAUUGCCAAAGCCAUUCAUAUCUAUGAAACUUCACAUCCAGGAUCCGUGGUUAGAAUUCGUUGUAAAAAAUACAAGGAAGGAGAAGAGGGUAUUAAACCUUCCAAAGUAUCAAAAUUGGUCACUACUGUGUCCAAUGCUAUUACUGGUAAUAGUAGUGCUCCUCAUUUGAAUUAUAAUUCAGAUGAUUGGGUCACUGUUUUUGAACGAUCUGCUCCAGCAUAUACUAAUGGAAAAGCUGAGGAUUUUUGUCCACCUCUCAAGUUUAAGAAUAUUAAAACUCGAAUAAUUAGAGUGGAUAUGGUACUCGCUGGUUGGAGUGAAAUUGAUGCGAUCAAACUUGUUGGAAAACCAAAAAUUGAAUAUUUUGAAUCUCAAUUAACAGCACUCAGUGCCGUCUAUAAGAAAAUGUUCAAAGAUGCCCUAUUUACUGACAUUUUGUUAAUUCACACGAAAUCAGGAAAACAAAUCAAAGCACACAAAUCAAUCUUGACAAGACGAUCUGAAUUUUUCAAAGCCAUGGUAGAGUGUGACAUGAUUGAAUCAAAAACUUCAGUGAUUGAAUUUGACGAAGACAUUUCUUACGAGAUUUUUGAAAGUGUGAUUGAAUAUGUUUACACGAAUCACAUAGAAGUGAAUAUGGACAACAUUUUCCAUGUCUACGUUUUGGCUGACAAGUUAUUAAUUCAUUCAUUAUGUACUUAUUGUGGCCGAAUGUUUUCCACUUUCAUUAAUGACGACAAUGUCUUUAAAUUGAGUCAAAUUGCAAAACAAUUCCGUUCUUACAAAUUGAAUGAAAUUGCAAUGGAGUGGAUUGUCGAUUCCUAUACUGAACUAUUUAUGACCAAGGAAUUUGCAGAACUGGAUAAGGAUGAUUUAUUGGUCGUUUGUAAAAGACUUGCAGAAAAGCACAGUGGCUAUGAGAGCACUACCAAGGUAUCACUCCCAUCACUUCCACCGCAACCACGCUGUGCUGAACCAUGGCAAGAUGAGGAAUCUGAAUGCUAA